CGGUGAUCGCCAAGGAGGCCUCCCCACCUCCCUGCAUCACGUGCCAGCAUACAUUUCCAGCUCCGAGGCCGGCUAUCUGCUCCUGCUGCACGGAGCGUUUCUUAUCAGGUUCUUUUCUGAGAACGGAGACAAUCAGGAACCUAUGGGUGUGACGCUCCUCAUGGGCUUUGAGCACAGCUGCAGCGGAGCGCUAACAGAACUAUCCUCUCUACAUCCGCAGCACCCCCAUGGAGAAUGAGCUCAAGUUCCAUUACAUGGUGCACACAUCCCUGGACGUGGUGGAUGAGAAGAUCUCUGCCAUGGGGAAGGCCCUGGUGGACCAGCGAGAGCUCUACCUGGGCCUGCUCUACCCAACAGAGGACUACAAGGUAUAUGGCUACGUGACCAACUCCAAGGUGAAGUUUGUCAUGGUGGUGGACUCCUCAAACACAGCCCUUCGAGACAACGAAAUUCGCAGUAUGUUCCGGAAGCUGCAUAACUCCUACACAGAUGUGAUGUGUAAUCCCUUCUACAACCCUGGGGACCGAAUCCAGUCCAGGGUCUUCGACAACAUGGUGACAUCGAUGAUGAUCCAGGUGUGUUGAGCAGGUCCCUACUGCCUGUGGCCAGACCCGAGAGAACCGUUGUGUACAUAGCUGCUUGGAGCGUCUAUUUAUUGUCAUUCCUCUUCCCAAGUGUAAGGGAGCUGGUGGGGGUGGGCACGUGCCUUGCCACUAAAACUUAGGAGUUGAG